AUGGUCAUUGGAAGUGCAUCCGAGACACCAGUGAGCAUUGCAGGUACUGCAGUGAUUGCAGUGACAUUUCUGUUCUUUCUAUAUGCAAGUCACCUUGAACACACUCGAUCACUGCGUCCAUCAACCAUCCUCAGUCUUUAUCUCGGUCUUUCCUUGGUCUUCGAUGUGAUUCGUGUACGCACCCUCUGGUUGAGCUCUUCCAGCCCGGUUCUAGCGUCUUUACUUUCUGUAUGUGUGGGUUUGAAGGCUGUCGUGCUUGUGCUCGAGGGGACCUUGUCUGGUAUCUACAGCCGUAGCCUCUUUCUCUGGGUAAAUCCUUUCCUAUGGAAAGGCUACAGAGGCAUCCUCUCGGUUGACACGCUCAAUGUCCUCGAUGAUAAUUUGGUUUCGGCGUCUGACCCCAAAGCCCUGAUAGAAAUUUGGAACAAAAAAGCAGGAGUGAUACCUCGCCUUGCCUACACAGGGUUUUCCUUCGCGCAGCCUUUUUUGGUUCAGCGCGUGUUGGACUUUUUGUCUGAGGCCGAAGGCCCGAAUUCACACACCGAGGCCUAUUAUCUGAUCGCUGCGUACGGCAUUGUAUACAUAGGCCUUGCAAUCUCCAUGGCGGUCUACGAGCAUAAGACCUAUCGUGUGAUAACGAUGGUCCGGGGCAGUCUGAGCACGAUGAUAUUCCAGAAGACGCUUCGACUUCCACACUCCAAAAUAUCAGACACAGCGGCGGUCACACAUUUGACAGGGGGCAGUGUCAUCGAGGCGGGUUUAGCCAUCUGGCUGUUGUUUCGAUUGCUCCAUGCAGCCGCAUUGGCAUCUGCGGCUUUUGUUGUUGUCUGCGUCCUUGCUGGGCUGCCCUUAGCACUUGCAGCGGGAAAUGCCCACCUACCAUGGCUGGAUGCUAUUGAAAAGCGCCUAUCUGUGACCUCCAAGGCACUCGCUGCAAUGAGACCUAUCCGGAUGAGCGGAAUCUCACAGCCCGUUGCAUCUGGGAUAUUGGAUUUGAGAACUGAGGAGAUCAGAAGCUCCAGAUCAGCCCGACUUUUUGACGUUUUAGUGGUUGUGAUGUCCUAUACAUCUGCCACGUUUGCGCCGAUCCUCGGGUUUGCCAUAUACAGCCUGCUUGCACAAAAGGACAAUACGACAGCUUUGACCAACUCCGUCGCUUUCUCCGCUCUUACACUGUUCUCCCUCCUCGAGAAACCGGUUAUUACGCUGGUAAGGGGCGGCGAGCAGCUAAUUGCGGUAGUGAAGGGGUUUCAGAGAAUACAGUCAUAUCUUAAUCGGGAAGAGAAGCCGGUGCACCAAUUGAAUGCACGAAGUGAUUCGGAGUAUGGGCACGCCAAAGAUACAAAAGGUUUUAUACCCACAUAUUCACCCAUUCAAGGCCAUGUGGGCAUUGAACGGACAUUUCCUGGGAAACAUGCCAUUCUUCGUAACGUGUCUGGACUUUUUCCCGAGAUAAAACUACCUCUGCUCCAGAAUCUAUCCUUGGAAAUCGACCAAGAAAAGUUGACCAUGGUGACUGGUCCGAUCGGAUGUGGAUCCCGCAAAUGGGACGAGCUAUGGUACAAUGAGGUUCUCCGGGCGUGUGCUCUGGACGAGGAUAUUCGAGAUAUGCCCAAAGGACAUUAUACUCGAGUAGGUGUUCGUGGGUCUCGGAUAAGUGGUGGACAGCAGAUGCGAGUGUCAUUGGCCAGAGCAUUGUACUCAAAACAGAAAGUCCUGAUUCUCGAUAAUGUCAUGGCUGGCCUUGAUCAAAGAACUGUGCGCCAUAUGCUACAUUCCCUGUUCUCUUCUGAUGGCAUGUUGAAGAAAAACAAGCACACGGUCGUGCUAGCCACAACAUCCGGGGCCCUUCUUCAGUACGCCGAUUCAAUCAUUGUACUCGGUCCUCAAGGCCAGCUUGUGGCGCAAGGGACGUACAGUAGUAUUUCUGCCGAAGGCCUUCAUGUGCAACCCACCAACCAAUAUGCGAGUCUCCAAGAACAUGACGCGCUUGUGGACGAAGAACCUGAGCCAUUUUCUCUGGAUCAUACCACAGAGCUAGAACGCAUUGCUCUUCAACGGCCUAGGAAUCGCGAUCGGGCUGUUUAUCUGUUUUACUUUCAGAAAGUUGGCUGGCUACUGGUGAUUUUAUACUUUGCUUUUGCUAUUUCAUUCAUGAUUGCGCUCAAUUUCCCCCAGAUUUGGCUAGAGUGGUGGACCAAAGGCAACUCUCAACAUCCAAAUGCCCGACUGGGCUACUGGAUAGGCAUAUAUUCUGGUCUAGGUAUUUUGACAUUGGUAUUACUUGCUGUCCUUGAAUGGAUAUUCAAGAUGAUCAUUGCACCGAAGACAGCGGCGAAGUUUCAUCGAGCCUUGUUAGACACUGUGUUUAUAUUCAGCGAAGACCUUGGAAUUAUUGAUGGGGAGCUAUCAUCUGCAUUCGACAUCACCGUUACUGCCCUGCUUGGUUGCGUCGCCGAAGCCGUGCUCAUAUUCACCGGGUCAUCCCGAUAUGUCUCAUUGGUGGUCCCAUUUUGCGUCAUGAUAAUGUACUUCCUUCAGAAGUUCUAUCUCCGCACUUCUCGGCUUUUGACCCUUCGUGCAUUUGGCUGGACGGAGCAUUACCAAGAACGAAACAAGCUAGCACUGACUGCAUCACAGCAGCCCUACUACCUGUUGUUCUGCUUACAGCGAUGGUUGAACCUAGUAUUGGACCUUCUGGUGGCUGCGAUAGCCAUUCUGGUUGUUUCUAUCGCGACGACAAUAGCAAGAAACUCCAAUACCGGUUUCUUGGGGGUCGCGCUAUUUAAUAUUGUCAAUUUCAGUGGCAGUCUACAACAAAUGAUCGCCCAGUGGACUACGUUAGAAACAUCGAUUGGUGCCUUAUCCCGAAUCAAAUCCUUCGUCGAGGACACUCCACGUGAGAAUAUCAACAAGGAGUCUGAGAAUUCAUCAGAUGACUGUUCGGAGGAAGGUAGAAUAUCCUUCGUGGGUGUUUCUGGAAAUCAUGGUCCAGGCGAAGACAAUGCUAUUGAAGAUAUAAUUUUAGAAAUUCAACCCGGUGAGAAAGUCGCGAUCUGUGGAAGGACUGGAAGUGGAAAAUCAUCAUUAGUCAUGGCGCUUAUGCAAAUGCUGGAGAUUCGCAACGGAACUAUUCGUAUUGGUGGUGUCGAUGCAUCUCAAAUCCCACAACCUCGUAUUCGAGCCGAGCUUAACACAAUCACCCAGGAACCAAUAUUCCUACAUGGGUCUGUGCGCCUGAACCUGGACCCGCAUGCUCGAAUUAAUAAUGAAAACGUCUUGAUUGAUGCUCUUCAAACUGUUGGAUUGUGGGAUUUCAUCAGUGCGGAGGGUGGUCUGGAUAUCGAAUUAUCUGAUGAUAGCUUAUCACACGGACAAAGGCAGCUCUUCUGCCUGGCGCGAGCCUUGUGCCACCCCGGUCGAAUCCUGAUCAUGGAUGAACCUACCAGCAGCAUUGAUGACGUCGAGACGGAAAGGCGGAUUGAUAUAAUCAUCAACCGUCAUUUCCAGCACCAUACCGUUAUCUGCAUCAUGCAUAAGCUGCAUAACGUUAUGUCAUUUGAUAAAGUGGCCGUCAUGGAAAAGGGACGACUUGUUGAAUUCGGCCCCCCACGCAGUCUCCAGGCAAAGGAAGGUUUGUUCAAACAACUUCAGGCAAGUGGGAGCUCUGUUUCUGGCUUGAGCUAG